AGAGAGCCCAGGGAUGGCUCAAGGCAGCUGCCCCCCUCCCUCCUGAGCGCCCGCGGUCGCCGGCUCGAGCGCCCGGCAGGCCCCUGUCGGCCACAGGAUGGUCGCUGCGGGUCAAUGCCACACCGUCCUGCUGAGGAGCGAGGGGACGGCCGCGGCCUGCGGCCGGAAUGACGACGGGCAGUGCGAUGUCCCCGGGCUUGGCGAGGGUCUGGCCUACACGCAGGUCGCUGCGGGUGCCGCGCACACCGUCCUUCUGAGGAGCGAUGGGACGGCCGCGGCCUGCGGCAGGAAUGACGACGGGCAGUGCGACGUCCCCGCGCUCGGCGAGUGCCUGGCAUACACGCAAGUCGCUGCGGGUUAUGCGCACACCGUGCUGUUGACGAACGAUGGGACGGCCGCGGCCUGCGGCUGGAAUGACCACGGGCAGUGCGACGCCCCCGCGCCCGUCGAGGGCCUGACCUACACGCAGGUCGCUGCGGGUGCCGCGCACACCGUCCUGCUGAGGAGCGACGGGACGGCCGCGGCCUGCGGCUGCAAUGGCGAAGGCCAGUGCGAUGUCCCCGUGCCCGGCGAGGGCCUGACCUACACGCAGGUCGCUGCGGGUGCCGCGCACACCGUCGUGCUGAGGAGCGACGGGACGGCCGCGGCCUGCGGCUGCAAUGACGACGGGCAGUGCGACGUCCCCGCGCUCGGCGAGGGCCUGACCUACACGCAGGUCGCUGCGGGUGCCGCGCACACCGUCCUGCUGAGGAGCGACGGGACGGCCGCGGCCUGCGGCUUGAAUAACCGCGGGCUUUCGGACGUCCCUGCGCCCGGCGAGGGCCUGACCUACACGCAUGUCGCUGCGGGUGACUGGCACACCGUCGUGCUGAGGAGCGACGGAACGGCCGCGGCCUGCGGCUACAAUGGCGACGGGCAGUGCGACGUCCCUGCGCUCGGCGAGGGCCUGAGCUUCACGCAGCCGCGAGCGCUGCCAGCGCUGCUCCUGCAGGCGUCUUUCGGGGGAGCCUCGGCGCAGUUCCUGACCCUGGGCGGGCAAGAGUUCGACCGAGUCCAGGCGGCUCCCGCCGAUCGCCUGUCAGACUUGCGCGCCCGACUGAUGGCCGGCCGUGUCUCGCACACGCUGGGGUUCUUUGCCAUCGACGCCGUCCUGCCGGGGGGCAGGCUGCUGAGCAGGGCCUCCAUAGGAGAGACCUGCGCUGCAGCGUUCGCGCGCGCCGACGACGGCGUGCCCCGGCGCGAGGGGCAGGAGAAGUCCACGGAGUGAGCGCUUCUCUAGCUCUCCUCCCCGCUCCCUCCCCCUCUUUCCCCUGUUCGUUGAGACCGAGUCCACGAAUCAGGGAAGACUG